GUUCUUACUUGACCAAUGGAGAGAGUGAUGACUUGCCUCUGACCCAUGGUAGAGUUAGUCAAGUUUUUUGUUUGUUUGUAUGGUUUUAUAGUUGCAGUAACUCGUUGAUUAAACUAAUCAUACCCACAUGGAUUACGUUUGUCUUCAACAUUGGAAGUGUAGUAGAAGCCUUAGACCAACCCAUCUUGGUAAUUUCAAACUCCAAUAAAGAAACCAACCAAGCACACACUCUCUUGUGCUUCUCUACAACUUUUUUCCCCGCAUUCAGACCAAACAACUCAACUCAAAGGAUUCUAAACUCGUGGAUCUGACACAACAUAACUCAUACGAGUUUCUGGUUCUGUCCUUCCUUUGACUGUGUUUUCUGAAACUUGAAACACAAUGGAUUUUUCGGGUUACUCGGGUGUGGUGCUUUGUGGUAACACUUCAGUCUUGUGAGUUGUGAAAGCUUGUGUGAGUGUUACUGUUUGUGGAAAGUUGGUUGUUGUUGUUUGUGGUAUUGAGGGAGCAAAUGGGUCCAAGUGGAACCAUAGAUUUUUCAAAGUGGUGGGUUAAGGAUUCAAGUUCAAGGAAGGGGAACCCGGUUGUGGUGACCAUGGAGAACCCCAAUUACUCAGUGGUGGAAAUAGAUGCACCGGACUCAGCAUUUCAGCCGGUUGACAAGGAGAGAGGAAAGAAUGCAAAGCAGUUCACAUGGCUUCUUCUUCUGAAGGCGCAUAGAGUUGUCGGUGGCCUUGCUUGGCUUGGGAAUUCCCUUUGUUCAUUGCUCCAUUCUGUUAAGAAAAGAUUGUUCUUGGGGCACGUGGAGACUGAGAUGUCUGCAAAGGCGAAGUUUUUGUUUCGGGUGAUUCUCACUUUCCUGGUGAUGGCUUUGGCAUUCUUGUCCUUUGAGCUGGUUGCUCACUUCAAAGGGUGGCACUACUUUCACAACCAUAACUUGCACCUUCCAGAAGCUUCAGAGAUCACAGGAUGGUUUCACACUGCCUAUGUUAGGUGGUUGGAGUUUCGAGCAGACUAUGUUGCUCCCCCAAUUCAGUCUCUCUCAACCUUCUGCAUUGUUCUCUUCUUAAUUCAGUCUGUGGAUCGAAUACUUCUCUGCCUUGGUUGUUUCUGGAUCAAAUUCAAGAAGAUUAAGCCUGUCAUUGAUGGAGACCCCCUCAGUUCACAUGAUUUGGAAGGAUCCAACCAGGGAUAUCCUAUGGUGCUCGUUCAAAUUCCCAUGUGCAAUGAGAAAGAGGUGUAUGAAGUAUCGAUUUCAGCAGCGAGCCAACUUGAUUGGCCAAAAGAUCGGUUGCUUAUUCAAGUUCUGGAUGACUCUGAUGAUGAGAGCAUACAGUGGUUAAUCAAGGGAGAAGUCUCUAAGUGGAGCCAAAGAGGUGUGAAUAUAAUCUACCGUCAUAGGAAGUUCAGAACUGGUUACAAAGCCGGUAAUCUAAAGUCUGCAAUGAGCUGUGAUUACAUCAAGGAUUACGAGUUCGUUGCUAUUUUUGAUGCUGAUUUCCAACCAAAUCUAGAUUUCCUCAAGCAAACUGUUCCACAUUUUAAGGGUAAUCCUGAGCUGGCAUUGGUGCAGGCUCGCUGGGCUUUUGUAAACAAGGAUGAGAACCUAUUGACACGACUCCAAAAUGUUAAUCUGUGCUUUCACUUUGAGGUUGAACAACAGGUGAAUGGGGUCUUCCUUAAUUUCUUUGGUUUUAAUGGAACUGCUGGUGUUUGGAGAAUAAAAGCACUUGAAGAAUCUGGUGGCUGGCUUGAGCGAACAACUGUAGAAGACAUGGAUAUAGCAGUCCGAGCCCAUCUGAAUGGUUGGAAAUUUAUCUUUCUCAAUGAUGUUAAGGUGCUUUGUGAGCUUCCUGAAUCAUAUGAAGCUUAUAGGAAACAACAACAUAGAUGGCAUUCUGGUCCUAUGCAACUCUUUCGUUUGUGCCUUCCAGCAAUUAUAACCUCAAAGAUUGCGUUCUGGAAGAAAACCAACCUAAUUUUUCUGUUCUUUCUUCUUAGAAAGCUAAUCCUCCCAUUCUAUUCUUUCACAUUGUUCUGCAUCAUUCUUCCUUUGACAAUGUUUGUCCCAGAAGCCGAGCUUCCUAUCUGGGUUAUUUGUUACAUUCCUGUAUUCUUGUCCUUCUUGAACAUUCUUCCUGCCCCAAAAUCCUUUCCCUUCAUUGUUCCUUACCUCCUCUUUGAGAACACAAUGUCAGUAACCAAAUUCAAUGCCAUGGUGUCCGGUUUGUUCCAGUUGGGAAGUUCAUACGAAUGGAUUGUUACAAAAAAAGCCGGUCGGUCAUCAGAGGCUGAUCUAUUAGCAGCUGAAGAAAGAGAUUCAAAGGCCAUGAGUCUCCAACUUCACAGAGGAACUUCUGACAGUGGACUUUCUGAGCUUAACAAAAUAAAGGAAAGCCAAGAAACAGUUCCCAGACCCCCUGUGAAGAAAAUGAACAAGAUAUACAAGAAAGAACUUGCCCUUGCAUUCUUGCUGCUGACUGCUGCAUUUAGGAGCUUGUUAUCAGCACAAGGCAUGCACUUCUACUAUUUACUAUUUCAAGGUGUUUCAUUCCUCCUUGUAGGCCUGGAUUUAAUUGGAGAACAGAUGAACUAGAGGAUCAGAAAGGAUGUGUAAAAUACAAAAUUGAUUGUUACAAACUUGAAUAAUUACAGAAGCCAACCAAUCUGGAUUGCUACAAGACAAAUUGGUUUUCGCAGUUAUAUUCAUGGUGCCUGAAUAAGGCUCAGGUAACAUGCUGAAAGCCACCGUGGGUCAUAUCAUAAAUAAGUGUUAUUCUUCAAGGCAUUUAUAGAUUUUAUUUUUCAUUUUUUUCUUCUUGGUUUUACUUGUCUGUCUAUUGUUAUCUAUCACAAUACAUUCAUUUUUCUUUCCCUUUUAAGUUUUCUGUGACGUUGAGCUGAUUCAUUUUGUCAGGAUAACCCUGUUGCUUACAUCACUUUUGGUUCAUAUGUAUGUAUCUAUCUGUUGAAUGACACUGAUAUGUUACAACUCCCAACAAAUACCUGCUCCCUUCAAUGCCAAGGUUUAUAUGUGUCUGGAUCCAAAUUUCACUACAUGACAUUAGUGGUAGAAAACCAUGAUGAAUACAAAACCAUGGUGAAAUCACCACAAAA